UUCAGUAAUAAACCAAUCCGGCAAUCCCUAACGAAUUUACCAUAGUAGCAUCAUCAAAUCUUCUCCCACUCUCUUUUCUCACCGUCUCUAUUCUGAAUUCUCCCCAAAUCCAAACGCAAGCAAUCCCUUUCUCUCUCAUCUGACGCCAUUAAAAUCCCUCUUUUUUCCUUCAUCAAGCUCGAAUCUCCUGAUUGUUCGUUUUUUUAUUUUCAUUUUUAGGGUUUUUUUUCGUGCAUUUAAAAUAGGGGUGUAAAAUUGGUGACAAUUGAAGUAUUAUUUUGUGAAUUAGGGUUUUCGUAUUUUGAUAAUUGACAUGGCUCCUGCGCGUAAGAAGGGAGCCCAUAAAACGAAGAGUGGUAGUAAGUUACAAUUAGGCGAUCUCGUUCUUGCUAAGGUCAAGGGUUUUCCUGCUUGGCCUGCUAAGGUCAGCAGACCCGAAGAUUGCCAACGAGCUCCUGAUCCAAAAAAGUAUUUUGUACAGUUUUUCGGCACCAAAGAAAUAGCUUUUGUUGCUCCGCCAGACGUGCAAGCAUUUACGAGUGAGUCAAAAAGCAAACUACUGUCCAAGUGUAAAGGGAAAACCGUCAAAUAUUUUUCUCUAGCUGUAAAGGAAAUUUGUGAAGCAUUUGAAGAUCUUAAAAAAAGUGAUAGUAAUGGUCUUGGUGAUGAAGCUGCAACUCUUGGACAUGAUUCUUUUCCUGUUGAAGAAGGGAAUGUAAAUGUUUCCUACAUUGAGUCAAGAAAAAAACCUAGAACUGAAGAAAUAUGUGGCAGUGAUUCUGUUCAAGAUCACCUCCAUGGAUUGGGUCUCUGUUCUAGUGUGGAAGAUUUUCCAACAGAAGCAUUAGGUCAUUGUUCAAUUGUUUCUUCCUCUAUGAAGGAAGAACCUUUUUUAGUUGAGGACAAGGCUGAUACAGUUGCCCGUCGCGAGCGGAUUGAGUCAUCAAGAACCUCAAGCUCAAGCCCAUAUAGUGGUCAUUCUGAGGUUAAAAGGGUUACUGGUCAUCAUGGAGAUGUUAAAAAGGAUGGAGCUUCUAGUAACUUUAAGCUUUCUGGUAUUGGGAACAAUAUCUUGGCCAAUGGACUCAGAUCACCGGAAUUUAUUUCUGGAACUAAGAUAAAAACCGAGGGUGUUACUCGCCAUACUGAUGGUAAGAAAUCUAGCAUGUUUGUUAAAGAUCGGGUAUCCGGGAAACUAAAAGGUGGUGGACAUUUGAAGCGGUUGUCUUCAGAUGUAAACAAGCUGGAGUCUAGUUCUAGCAUGAAGGCCUCCCAAAGCCUUCUCAAAGACCAGAAGCUUUUAGAUGUUGGUAAAGGUUCCCUGCACGGUGGUACUGCCGCCAAGGAAAGUGGAGAAGGGGAGUAUUCUAAACGUAAAACUCGAGACUCUGGCCAGAAACAGUUGCCACCUGCUAAAAAGGCGAAGCUUGCUCACAAAAUAGGUGAUUCUCUGAAGGGAUCUAACUUCAAGGUUGAGAAAAGGGGUAUGGAGCCUGAGAUUGUUGGUGACAAAGCUAAUCUACCGGCCGGAAAGGGUCAUCAUCGAGCAUUUGAGGCAACAUCCAAUGCAAACAUUUCAUCCGAAAAUCAAAGUAAUGGACUGAGAACUCUUAAAAGUGAUGGUCCUAAGAAAAGAAGAGCUGUUUGUUUGUAUAAUGAGGAUGACGAUGAUGAUGAGCCCAAGACACCAGUUCAUGGAAGGUCUUUGUCUGCCUCGAAAGCUUCUUCAUCUGAAGUUGUUUCUGUUUCUGUGAAGAAGACUGAUCAGAAUCACAAUUCUUCUAGUUUUGCUGGAGAAAAUCUAAAUAUUGCAAGUAAAGAUGGAACUGACUCUCAUAAGGAUUGUCCUCCAUCUAAAGUAGUGGGUGAGUCUUCUAUACCUGCCACUCUGCUGCUGAAGGUGGACAAUUCUACAAAAGGUCAAGUUUUUCACAGCCCUGGAAAAGAAGAAUCAGACAAGAAGUUGUUGAAGGAGGCUAAGAUGGAUUUGGUUUCCCCCGCAAAGUCUCCCUCAAUAGUUUCUGCUGCUGCUGCUAAAAGGAUGGUUGAACAACAAAAGCUUAAUAGACUUCCCAUUAAGGCAACCAAUUUGAAUUCUUUUAGUAAGGCUCAAAAUGUGCCCGAUAAAGAAUUAAACAAUUCCCAGAAGAGUAGGUUGGCUGUGUCUGGAGAGAGGAUGAAAGUUAAUUCUAAAUCUUCUACUAGGUUGAAUGGUAUGACUUCUUCCCUUGAUAACCUGAAGAAUCAUGAUCCUGCUCUGGCUGAUGGAAGGUUGGACGAGGCUAAGGAUAGAUCUAGCUCUUUGGUGGAUUCGAAAGCCGUAGAUGCUGCAAUGUCCAUGAAACAUCUAAUUGCACAGGCUAAAAGACGACAGGCUAAUAUGCAAAAUGCUCCUCUGGGUAAUGGAAAUUCUAUUACGGCACCUACUCCCAAUGUUCAUGGAAAGAGUCCAAGUCCACUGCCUACAGGCCAUGAUUCAUCUGGUAUGGGCAAUGUAACUGAGCAUGAGGCUGAGGGAGUACACCCACGUGGAUCUGUUGCUUCCCCAUCUGUGAAUGUUCGUCCGUUGGCAUCUAAUAAUCAAUCAGACUUGGAAAAUGUUGAUGAUAAAAGACCUGGAUCUGGGAACUACGGUGCCGGAAGCACACUCAGUGGCGGCACUGAAGCAGCAGUUGCUCGUGAUGCUUUUGAAGGAAUGAUAGAGACAUUGUCCAGGACCAAGGAAAGUAUUGGACGUGCUACUCGUCUUGCUAUAGAUUGUGCUAAGUAUGGAAUUGCUAACGAGGUUGUGGAACUACUCAUUCAUAAGUUGGAGAGUGAGUCAAACUUCCAUAGGAGAGUGGAUCUGUUUUUUUUGGUAGACUCCAUCACCCAAUGUUCACAUAGUCAAAAAGGCAUUGCUGGUGCCUCAUAUAUCCCUAUUGUCCAAUCAGCACUGCCCCGCCUUUUAAGUGCUGCUGCCCCAGCUGGGUCAAGUGCUCGGGAGAAUCGUCGGCAAUGCUUGAAGGUCUUGCGUCUGUGGCUCGAGAGAAAAAUUCUGCCGGAGUCGGUUCUUCGUCGUUUCAUGGAUGACAUUGGUGGUUCAAGUGAUGAUAUGACUGGUGGUUUUACCUUUAGGCGCCCAUCUAGAGCUGAACGGUCAGUGGAUGACCCAAUUAGAGAAAUGGAGGGUAUGCUUGUUGAUGAAUAUGGAAGGUUUAAUCAUGAGCUUUCAAAAUACUAUGCUGGUGCUGACAUAUGGAUGUUCUUGGCUGUGCACAGCAAUGCAACUUUCAGUUUGCCUGGUUUUUUGUCUGCUCAUGGAUUUGCUGAUGAUGACGACGAAGAUGAAGAGGAUGUUCCUAGUGUUUCUUUUAAAGAAUCUGAUGUGACUGCAUUGCAAUCGUCAAAUAAUUUAUUUGGGCUUGAAAAUGGAAACAAUACUCCAAAUGAUAGGCACCAUCACAUCUUGGAGGAGGUGGAUGGUGAGCUUGAGAUGGAAGAUGUUUCUGGGCAUCUAAAAGAUGGAGCUCUGUCCCCCAUUGGUUCAUCAAAGAAUGAUAAACAAGAAAUGUUGUUGAAUGCUGAGUUGGAGUGUGCAAUUAUUGAUGUAGCUGAGUCUCCACCACUGGUGGGUUCACCACCUUUGCCUCUUGAAUCUCCACCUCCCCUUCCUCCCUUACCUUCAUCACCUCCCCCUCCUCCUCCUCCUCCUCCACCUCCUGUAUCUCCUUCCCCUCCUCCACCCCCACCACCACCACCAAUGUUGCCAUCAGGCCCAUUACAGCCUCAUCCACCUACUCUACUUUCAUCAGGGCCCACACAGGUUGCUAAUGUACAACCUCUGCUUCCUCCACAACCUUCAGUGGCUCCUCAAGUGUUACUCCAGCCUCCAUCGGUAGCUCAUCCUGUACAGGCGCCUUUGCCUCCUGAUUACAGUGUAACAACCAGUAACCACCGUUCACACAUUGCUUGCAACUCCUCUCAACAAGUGCCUUGUUUUCCGGCUGGGACAUCUGGUUCACAUGACACGCCUGGAUACAUGUCUAUGUAUGCAGGACCUCAAGUUGGCCAGACCAACCAGCAGUUUCAGCAGUCAACAUUUUUGCCGAGAGCUUUUCCACCAGUGACAGUGCCUCAACCUCCUUCAGGCCAUUUUUCUUAUAAUACACCCACAGUUCAGCAGAAAAUGCCCCAACCCCGGCUACAUCAGCCGCCUCCUGCUGCCCCUUCGCAUCCAUACCCAUCAGCUUCUCACUCCGAAGGUUUGAGACGAUUUGGUGAUGAAACAUGGAGGUCAGUUUCUGCUGAAUACAAGGCGGACAGUCAGCAGCCAUGGAUAAAUGGUGGGAGAAGGCCGCCUUGCCCACCAACAAAUUUUAUUGGGGAAGGAUAUUUUCGACCUGAAUUGGGACUAGCAGAUAGCAUGGGAUACCAAGUUUCUGCUCCAAAUCCUCCUCUGGCGGGUUCAACAUCAGGUCAUGUCGUUAAUCAGAUGCUGCCUUCCAGGCCAGAUAUGCCGUCCCUUAACUAUUGGAGGCCUGUGUAGAAAUUAGAUUGAAGUCAAGUUGUUGUAUUCAAUGCCUUGGACUGCGAAGAUUGAACAUAGAUGUCUUUUUGUAUGAGUUUCCAAUUGAUUUGGCAUUCACGGAGAUCUGUGUGUUCUGUUUGUGUCUCAAAUCUCAAUGAGAAUAUUUGGAUAUUCCGAUGAACAACUUAAAGUAUAUUUGCCUGAGAAAUCGACUUCUGCAGACCUUACAAUGUAAGCCGAUGCUUCCUGCUCAGCUAUUAACUGUGUUUGCUACAUCUUGUAAUUAAAACUUGGAAAUUUUACAUAAUGAAAAAACAAGAGAUGCAUCGAAAAAGAUUAAUAAAUUUUGUUUUUUACUUGUUUGAGCAUAAUUGUUUCCUUAAACAAUAUCAAAGGUUUAGUUUGCAGAUUGCCCGUAGCACAAUGCCAAAAAAGAAAGUGAUGCUGCCUGUACUAACUACUAAGGGUGUUAAAUCUGCGUUGAUGUAAAUUGAACUCUUUCUUAAGGCAUGUAAAUAAAUUAGUCAAAAGUCAGCAAUUAUGAAACCAAUUAAACGUCCAGAGCAACACCAAUGCAGAUUGUACUGGGUAUGACCAUUUUAAUUUUCUUUUCUUUUCUUUUCGUAUAUUAUAAUAAUUAUUUAUUUUCAUAAUAUAGGGGAAGGUAGAUAUGGAAUUACACAUUACAUUCUUGAUCUAUUAUAAUUUUCAACUUAUUUAUAUUAAAUGAUGGAAAUUAUAAUGCGUUUAUUGUAAUUUUUAGCUUGGAAAAGUAUUUAAUAAUAAUAAUAAUAAUAAUAAUAAUAAUAAUAAUGAUUUUUGGUUUUACUGUAACUAAAUUUUGUGUUGAUAAAAUUUAUUCUUAUUUAUUAUUUGUUGGGAGAUUAGUAUUAGGCGGUAAUGAAACUUGUAAUGAACAUCAUGUUUGAGGAUAAAAGAAUUAUUAUUAGAGUCUAGAGAUGUCAUGGGCUUGUAUGAGUAUCACAUGAGGCACAACACGACAUGUCACAUGAAGUUUUGAGUCACGGGUGUGUUGCAGACAUGAUUUUUGGUAUUGGACACGGUCAGAUGUGAGGCGCGAUGAACGAUUCGCGUUUUGGCAUGAAGGCACUAUCAACAUGAAUUUCGGUAAAUUAAAUGUUUUAAUAUUUUUUAUCUCAAUAUUUCUUGGCUCUUUUUUAUAAACUAUCAACUUUUAUGUUUUUUAUUAUUGAUAUUGAUUGAUGAUUGAUAAAUAGAAUGAGUAUCAACUUUAAUGUUUCGGAUUAUUGAUAUAAAUUUAUUAAUAGAAUAAGGUAUUUUCAGAAUGUUUUAUCUUAUUAAUCAAUUCAAGUAUGCAAAAUUGAUUUUUCUAACUUUAUUAUAGUUGAGCAAUAAACAAUACUAAAAUAAAAUUACUUAUUCGUUCCUAGUUAAUUAUUUUGAAUUAUUUAUUCACUUAGUAAAUAAAUUUUUGUAAAAGAAAUAAUGUUUAUAAAAGGCACAAGGCAUGACGAGCCAACAAGACAAGUCACUUUUAUGAUGCCCUUUAACUUGAUACAACCAUCUUGAGAAUUGAAUUUUACUUCAAUUAGUACUGUCUACUUUAGACAAGAUUUUGAGAUUAAUUCUCGUCUAGUCAUCCAUUUUUCCCAGCCUAUAGCUCUACACUAUAAUCCAAAACUGUAGCCGCUCAUGCAUGGUCAACAAUCAACUAGGUAUUGCUCAUAUCGCACCUUUAUUUAUAUUUAUUAUUUUAGAAAUAACACAUCACAUUUCCUAAAAAUUCAUACUAAAUUC